UAAGUAAUUAAUCAAUGAUUCUUAGUAUGAUAUUUCUAUAAGGGUUAAAUAGGUGGAUUGUAAGUCAAAUGUCGUUAACUACAAAAAUAAAAGAUCAAAUGUGUAUUUCUCGUUAAGUGUUGCACCAUGUGGGGAAUAUUUUAUCUUUUAUAUUCUAGUUUUGAUAUUCUUAAUAUAACCUGCGAGAAUUACAUACAUCUUUUGGUCCUUCCCUUAUAGAAAUAUCAUACUAAGAAUCAUUGGUAAUUACUUAUUUUCAGUAUUAAAAAUACUGGAUAAUAAGUAAUUAUCAAUGAUUCUUAGUAUGAUAUUUCUAUAACGGUUUGUGACGAGGAACGAGUGAACUGACCAUGGAACAGUAUGAAUUAGUUUGAGAAUUUUUUUCAAAAAAAGAAGUCUUUGAUUUACAUACGAGGGGCAUUGCCAAAUAACAUGGUCAGCCGUUUCAGGGAUUUUACAAGGAUUGCAACUAAACUAGUCUGUAAUAUUAAAUCUGAAAAGGCUAGAGUUUAGUGAAGUAUGACCCAAACGCAGUCUACAUAUCGACGCAAUAAUUUUACGACUAAGGUCUAAAUUAUGGAUCAAGGGAAACCUCCCUAGAAAGUAAUAAUGCUGAAAGAAAUUAACUCCUGUACUUACUAGUAUAUAAGUUUUUUUUAAGAUAAUCCUGAUUUUCCUCAGCUAAUUGUGCCUCCCAGAGAGGCAAGGAAGAUCCGAAAUAAAGUAUUCUUACCUAAAAGGGUAGAUUCUUUAGCUAAAUUAUCUGCGAGUUUAUUACCCGGAAUACAAACAUGACUGGGAUCCAACACAGGGUGAUGUUGAAUCCUUUUAUCUCCAGCGAAUGCAAUUCUUCUCUCAAACGCAUAGCGUGAAAAUUGCCCUUCCCUGCAAGAUUCCCCACCAAAAGUGAAGUUAGAACGGAUAAAGAGUCAGUAAAAAUUCUGAAAUUUUUAAAUGUAGAGUAUCUAAUAAUAUGAAAUACUUCCAUAAUGACUAAAGGUGCCAUUUCAUGCAGCUAAGAAAAGCCAGCGUAUUACCCCCACUCCACUGAUUUUCGCUAAAAUAACUAUACAGCGAAAGCACGCUCAAAGUUCGACAUUGUUCAACUAUCAGCGAAGCAACGCUGAAAAGGAGUAAUAGAAGACAAUCACAUUUGAGGUUAUAGAAAUAUUUUUUAUUGAGUAUAUUAAACAUAAAAUGACUAAAAAGAGUGACAAAUUAUUAACAGUGCCACAAAAUAUUAUCAAAGAAACUCCGUUACUGUCAUAUACAUGUGGUGUGUGCGAAACCGUUUGCCCAGAAAAUGAAAUUAAUUGUCACCCUUGCAUGAAAGAAUAUAAAUACUUUUAUAUGGAUGAACAUUCAUACUUUUAUCCUCAGUGCGAUGCGAGUUUAGUAGAGAAGAUUCAGACAAAGAACAAAGAGGCUGAUGGUAUGACUGCCUGGCAAAAGGUAAAACUUUUACAGGAGGAACAGAUUAUAGAGGAAGUCCAUAAACGUCCUGCGCUGUGGAAUUUUAAGCUCCCUCUUACUGAGCGAAGAUAUUCUUCAUUAAUAAUAAUGCGCAAGAAUAAACAGCAACACCAACCGAGUGGCUCAGCGGGAACAUCACGAAAAAAUAGUUGGUUGCACUAUGAUCGGAUGCAGUUUCUUUGCGAUGCACAACUUGAAAGCGAAACUAUAAGCAAUAUUUCGGCGUCUGAAAGUUACGAAGAGCUCAAGCAGUGCAAUGAUAGUGACAGCCCAGGUAGCAAAGUGACGUCUAAAGACGUCAUUAAGACGUUAUUAAGACGUCUAUGACGUUUUAAUGACGUCUUUAGACGUCACCUUGUUACCUGGGAGUAUAGUUUAUAAUGACAGCAGCAGUAGUGAUCGUAGAUCGCGUAUGUUAAUUUUAUUAGUUAUUUUCUCAUAAAAGGUGAGUUCUAGGAAAAGAAAAACAAAACAUGACCAAUGUUUGUGAAAUUUCGUUUUCCAACCUGAGGUUUCAAAAAUUUCAUUCAUCAAAACUUAGCUCUUAAUGUUUAUUACAAAUAACAAAAUUUUAAUAAUAACAUUAUAAGUGUCAAUGCAAUAUUGUAUUGGCGCUCAAGUUAUUUACCAA